ACCAUUUUCCAACUUGAAAAACUUGUGCAAUGGACUCAGAUGCUGUAUGUCAGAUUUGAAAAAAUUAAAAGAAUUAAAACAAAAGAAAUGAUUAAGAAUGUGUCUGUUCUCCGUCUAUGGAUGUUCUUUACUAAAAUUACUUAGAUAUUUCACACAAUGUAAAAUUUGUUUUAAGCAACUGUGUGGAUUUUGAAGAAAAAAAAAUGUCGAUAUUUAAAAAGAAUAGUAGUAUAUCUACUGCUAAUUUGGAAAUAAAUUGUUAUCAGGGCUGAUUUUCCCCAAAGAUGCUUAAUUGAUUUAGUUUAUUUACAGUUUCAGCUUAAUUACUGCAAUGAUUUUACACUAUUAAAUUAUUAGUUUUAUGUAACUAUUUUUAUUCAAAUUGCUAUUUUGUUUAGUUAUGCAAAAACCUUUUCCCAAAAGAAAAUAAAGUUAACAAAGGCAAAUCGUUCAUUAAGAAAAUUAAGUUACAUUUGCAAAAACCAACAGGAAAGUAAUAAACAAGAAGGUACUUCAGAUGAAAUUUAGUAAUACAUUUGAUAAAUCGAUAUUACAUUUACUUUGUUCAGAGCAAAUUAAUUUAAUAAGCAUUUUAAAAAUGAAAUGAAACAAGAAACAGUGUUUGUUUUAAUUUGACCGUGAUUUUUCUAAAUAAAUAUCUUGAAAAAAAAUUUGAUAGAGGAAAAAGAAUAGGUGUUGAGGAAACAAAAACAGAUGAACCACUAAUUAGUUGAAAUAUUAUAUACAGGGUAAGUCUGGUGCGUGGUGCUUUUAUCUUGAAGAUCUUCGCCGGAAAUGCAGCGUAUGACCACUGACGUCUUCACAUGAACCAUUUUUCAGGGUGGAUCGCCAAACAGAGCUGUCUCCCGCCCCUCUUCUGUCAAUUCAUAGUGAUCUGGCAGCUGGAGGUCCAUGCCUCUGUCGGUCGGAGUGAAACCAUCUCCUGCGGUCAACGUUUUGUAAGCUUCAGGGAAGUCGGAGUCUCAUUGGUGAACCGCCGCGGCGCCUGUCGGUGAAGAAAAAACAGCAGAAAUGGAAGAAAAGGCGUUCACGAAAGAACUCGAUCAGUGGAUCGAGCAGCUCAACGAAUGCAAACAGCUAACCGAAGGACAGGUGAAAACGUUGUGUGAAAAGGCAAAGGAGAUUCUAACAAAGGAAUCAAACGUCCAGGAAGUGAGAUGUCCCGUGACGGUAUGUGGUGACGUGCACGGCCAGUUCCACGACCUCAUGGAGCUGUUCAAGAUCGGAGGGAAGUCUCCUGACACAAACUACCUGUUCAUGGGGGACUAUGUGGACAGAGGGUACUACUCCGUGGAAACCGUCACUUUACUUGUAGCACUAAAAGUACGAUUCCGGGAGCGCAUCACAAUCCUCAGAGGGAACCACGAGAGCAGACAGAUCACACAAGUUUACGGCUUCUAUGACGAGUGCUUAAGGAAAUAUGGAAAUGCUAACGUUUGGAAGUACUUCACAGACCUGUUUGAUUACCUCCCCCUCACUGCCCUGGUAGACUCUCAGAUUUUCUGCCUUCAUGGAGGCCUGUCCCCGUCCAUAGAUACAUUGGAUCACAUCAGGGCUUUGGACCGUUUGCAGGAGGUGCCACAUGAGGGUCCCAUGUGCGACCUGCUGUGGUCGGACCCUGACGACCGCGGCGGCUGGGGCAUCUCUCCUCGAGGAGCAGGCUACACUUUUGGUCAGGACAUAUCUGAGACCUUCAACCACGCCAACCGCCUCACACUGGUCUCUCGAGCCCACCAGCUGGUCAUGGAGGGUUACAACUGGUGCCAUGAGAGGAACGUGGUGACGAUAUUCAGCGCUCCUAACUACUGUUAUCGCUGUGGCAACCAGGCAGCUAUUAUGGAACUAGAUGACACCCUCAAAUAUUCCUUCUUGCAGUUUGAUCCUGCGCCUCGCAGAGGGGAACCCCAUGUAACCCGCCGCACCCCGGACUACUUCCUGUAAACUCUAACAUUAGACCCAUGCGUACAGUCCAGGCCUAGAAUGGCAUAUACGGCUGAAAAUAACUCAAAUGUGGAAUGGGAUCCUGGGACACCGCUCGGAGCAUCACAGCAGUGCACAUUGUAUAUCCACACUUAGACCUAUUUAAGCAUUUUUGUGUCUGUGGGUGGACCAAAGGGUGUGUGUUCCAUUACCAUUUUAAUAAUCAGUGCUGACGACUGUACUAAAUAUCCCCUUUCCUCUUUAAGUCAAGUGUAAAUUCCUUCUUUUGUUUGCACGUAGCUGGACUAAUGGCACCAAUCUCCAAGAUUUCAUUUUUGGCACUUUGAGUCACACCAGCUUUGGCUUAUAUUAAGGAAAAAUGCGUACGUUCUGUUUGCACUUUUGUAAAUUUAAAGAAAUGUAAGUUAUAAAAAAAACAUGAAAGAUUCACACUGUUAUGUUUUUUUAAAUAUUGCAAAUCAAUAAAAUUCCCCUAAAUCAAGCUAUACAUAAGGCUUUGUUGUCCUAACUUUUUAGACUGAUAAAUGCAGUUUGGUUUAUAAGAUGCUGGAUGUUCAAUUUCAUUCAUUCAUGAAUUCUAUAUUAUGUAAUAGGAAAUUUCAACAAUAAAGAUUAAGGUGACAUUGA